AUUGCAUCAUUGCUAAAAGAAGACUGCCAACUUAUCUCUGAGAUGCCCUCGCUAUGCAUGUCUUUCCCCCUGCAGUGCCAGGUCCCAUGUAUGGAAUGCUUUGAGGGGGAAAGCGGUCUCAUGGCUGGAGGGCUUCAGGGGACAGGCAGGGGCCUGCACAAACUCUCCCUCUCCUUUAGCCCCCUCUUCUUUCAUUCCUCCUCCCUGAUUGCAUUAGUGGAGGACCGCGGUUGAACCCUCUGUGAGACGGAGGGAGACCUGGCAGAGUGUCGGUGCGUGGCGGUGGCGGCACGGUCUGCUUUUUUUAAAAGUAUGUUCCACAAUAAAGGACUCCUGGAAGCCUUCGAACGCCCCGGAGCGCGUUCAGCGGGAAGAACACCAAACCAAACACGGCGGAGGCGGCCGGCGUGGAGGACAUGAUGCCGGGUCAGAUACCGGAGCCCUCGCUAGCCCCGGGCUCACUGCCCAGCCUGGGCCCGCUGGCCGGGAUCUCGGCCACCACGCUGACGGACCAGCUCAAGCUGCACGCCGACUUCAGGCAGCUGGGCGCCAUGCUGCACCCUCUGCACUUCCUGGACCGGCUGGGCAAGAGGCCGCUGGCCAUCAAGACAGAGAUGGACGAGGACGACGAUAGGAGGAAACGACGGCGGGAGAAGAACAAGGUUGCCGCCGCGCGAUGCCGGAACAAAAAGAAGGAGAGGACGGACUUCCUUCAAAAGGAGUCGGAGCGUCUGGAGACGGUGAACUGCGACCUGAAGGCCCAGAUCGAGGAGCUGCGUGUGGAGCGCCAGCAGCUCAUGGUGAUGCUCAACCUGCACCGGCCCACCUGCAUCGUGAGGACCGACAGCGUCAAGACCCCCGACGGGGAGGCCAACCCCCUGCUGGAGCAGCUAGCCCGGACCCCGCCCAAGUGAAGCAGACCACAGCAGCACAAACAACAACAACAACGACGACGACGACGACGACGACAACAAAGGCACUGAUCGAAAAUCGAUUGAAUCAAAACGACACAAACUGAAAAACUGAGACUAGGCAAACCCUCAAUCGAGCACUACUGCGGCGGCCAUUUUCUGUGACUCAAGGGGAAGAAGAAGAGGGAGACGAGGAGGAGGAGGAGGAGAUGGAGAGAGAGGAAGGACAGAACGGACACACUUGUCUACAUAAGCACUUGAGCUCUGAGCUGGGAGCAUUCAGAGACUCGCCUUCAGAGGCACAGAGACCUCAGAGGGGGGGGGGGGGGGGGGCUUGCUACACGAGCUGGCUCUAUCCAAUCAGAAGACUAGGAGGACCCCCCCCCUCCCCCCUCCCGGCCCUGUUUAUCUGCAUUAACUCCUUUCUUUUUUUUAUACUUUCUGGUUGGCUUUUUGUUGACAAACCCGCCGUGCCUCAUCGCUACCGUAACCGUGGUUACACAAUGGGACACACAGGGAGGAGAGUGGAACGACUGGAAGCCGAACAGACUCGACACACUAACGCCAAGACGGUGCUCUGUCACAAAACGCCUGAGUCAGGGGUGUGUGUGCGUGUGUGUUUGUGUGUGCAUGCGUGUGUGGUUGCGUUAGCCUGUGUGUGUGUGUGUGUGUGUGUGUGUGUGUGUGUGUGUGUGUGUGUGUGUGUGUGCGUGUGUGUAGGAGCCAACAAGGCGAAGUGUUUCCGCGGUUUUCCUUCGUAUUCUAGUAAAAUAUAUACAUGCGUUUUUUUUUUUUAAGCAUUUGAUACUCGAACACCAAAACAGAAAAGAGAGAGAGCGAGAGACAGAGAGCGUGCGACAGAGGCGACAUCUCUGCUCGGGUUUUUAUAAUGUUUGUUGGUUUUAUACGAUACGGUUGAACCAGUCCUUGCGUGUUGGCGCAGGCGUCACGAUAAAGCACAUAUACUAAAACACAUGGAAUGUUUACACGCGUGUUCCUUCGGCCAUGUUGUCUGUCCAUUAUUGUACCUGUUUUAUACGGCUUUAUACAUGACAAUACGUAAAACAUAUAUUAUGACAUGCUUGUCGGUCACUUGAUGUGAUCGAGUUUUAACUUUAUUAUUACGGUCUACUCUUUUUUUUUGUUUUUCCUUAGUCCACUUUUGUGUUUUUAUUGCGCUGUUAAACAGACGUAAGGAAUUAAGCAGAAAUCGUAAUCCGCUGAGCAGAAAUUCAAUUUCAAUGUUUUCAACUUGCACCUACUAUGUAUCUUUAUUAGUCUGUAUGGAAUAAAUUUUAUUUUCAAACUAUGA